UUGAUGCAGUAUCUGUGGCUGCAUUCCCAUACAGCAAAGGGUUAAACCAGACCAAAUUGUGCAUCGCUGUCAUAUCGUUAAUACAACUGUGCAUUGUUGGUGGUGUGGUGAAAUACUCGCACUCAAUUUAAUUUACCUAUGGUGAAUUUGAGACGUGAGAAAAUAAAAUGUCGACGCGAAAACUUUUCAUUCAUUAGUCAGGCGGAGUAGAGACAUUCUUUGUUUGUUAAUGAAAAAAAUUGAACGACGACUUCAACAAUUGAGACUAGAUUCGAUAUUCCACACGAACUUGGAGUGAUUAAUGUAGAGUAGUGACUCGCAGAUUUUAAAGCUCGUUUUGCAUCCAGCCAAAAGGACAGGAAAGAGUGUAAGAGCGAGCAGCCAAACAAAGAACAGAUCAAAAUGGACAAUGACCAAGACCAUUCCGGAUUUCGGAUGAGACCGAUGUCACCACAAGAAAUCAAACCGGAUAUUUCACUACUCAACGAAAACAAUGCAUCAAAUUUUUCCCCAAAGCCUGGCAGUCCUGGUCCCUUUGGUGCGAUUGACUUGCAGGCAAUGAAUGCUGUGGCAGCUGCUGCUGCCAACAAUCAGAACCAAAUGCUGCAGACUACGCCGCCACAACAACAGCUACAACAACAGUACCCUCCCAAUCAUCCACUCAGUGGUUCGAAGCAUUUGUGCUCUAUAUGCGGUGACAGGGCCAGUGGUAAACACUAUGGUGUCUACAGUUGUGAGGGGUGUAAGGGCUUCUUCAAGCGUACGGUGCGUAAAGACUUGACGUAUGCCUGUCGGGAGGACAGGAAUUGUAUAAUUGACAAACGCCAGAGAAAUCGCUGUCAGUAUUGCCGUUAUCAGAAGUGUUUAGCUUGUGGAAUGAAACGCGAGGCAGUGCAGGAAGAGCGCCAACGCGGCACGAGAGCUGCCAACGCACGGGCCGGUGGCUUGGGCGGAAUAAGUGGCAGUGGCAUUGGUGGCGAGGACUUCAAGCCAAGCAGCUCCUUGCGUGAUCUUACUAUUGAACGUAUCAUUGAGGCCGAACAAAAGGCCGAGACACUAAGCGGUGAUAAUGUACUGCCAUUCCUAAGAGUCGGCAGCAAUUCCAUGGUUCAGGCUGAUUAUAAGGGCGCGGUGUCGCAUCUUUGUCAAAUGGUCAACAAACAGCUCUUCCAAAUGGUCGAGUAUGCCCGACGUACACCACAUUUUACACACUUGCAGCGGGAGGAUCAAAUUAUGCUGCUUAAGGCCGGCUGGAAUGAGUUGCUGAUAGCCAAUGUGGCCUGGUGUAGUAUAGACUCGUUGGAUGCUGAGUAUGCAACGCCAGGAGGCGGCCAUGACAGUUCAUUUGGACGCCGUUCGCCUGUGCGCCAGCCACAACAGCUCUUCCUUAAUCAAAAUUUCUCAUAUCACCGCAACAGUGCUAUCAAGGCUAAUGUUGUAUCCAUAUUCGAUCGCAUUCUAUCCGAGCUAAGUAUCAAAAUGAAACGUUUGAAUAUCGAUCGCUCCGAAUUGUCGUGCUUGAAGGCCAUUAUUCUGUUUAACCCUGACAUUCGUGGCCUAAAGUGUCGCAAGGAUGUUGAAGGAUGUCGCGAAAAAAUAUAUGCCUGCCUGGACGAACACUGCCGUACAGAACAUCCAGGUGAUGACGGAAGGUUCGCUCAGUUAUUGCUCCGAUUACCGGCUUUGCGUUCCAUAAGUCUAAAAUGUUUGGAUCAUCUGUUCUUCUUCCGUUUGAUUGGCGAACGACCAUUAGAUCAACUGUUGGCCGAACAAUUAGAUGCUCCAAUGUGUUAAGAGUUUCAUAUGGGGUUUCAUGUGUGAUGUAUGCGAUGAGAGUGCGUUGCAUGAGGGUGGGCGUUAAUGGUGAAACCAUGCCGCAGGCAAAGCCUCGUUAGAGAUACGCCCACUUUUGCAGCUGAAACUCUCACAAUUCGAAUAGUAGCAUAGUUCCAUUAAGCUUUUAUCACUUUCUUGUUAUAGUUCUUUUAGAGAAAACUAAAACCAAAACAAACAAAGACGAUAUCAGUACGAGUUCGAAUAAUUCAAUGUCAGACGAUAAGCUUAGAAAUUCGGUCUACACAUGUGUUUAAAUUCGUACUUCAUUUGCUGCUAUAUCUCCAAUAGCCCAUUGUGCUAACAACACGCAAUGAGCCAACAACCAGACUCUAACCAAUUGAAUUUGAAGUGGACGCAGUACCCCAAGGCAAAUGCCGCCUCUGUAUAUCUUUUUGAAACAUUUUUUGGUUAUUUUUAAUAUUUUUCUUAGUUCCCAAUUGCUUUGAUUUAGUUAUAUUUUGAGAAUAAGUUCAGAGUUUAUAUUAUUUCUCUUUCUACCUAUUUCCAUGGAUAAUUUGGUUUAAAUUAUAUUGUGUCUAUUACAUGCUUAUGUCUGUGUAUGUGACUGUAAAUUAAGAAUUUAAAUAAUGUUCUAAUAUUAACUAUUGUAUAUUAUUGACAGUUAAAACAAUAAUCAAUACCUUAUAUAGAUACAAAUAGUAUAUAAAAAUAUGAAAGAAACCGAAAAAAAAUAUACUUAUUUUAUCCUGUUGAAUCAAAAUUAUCGAA